AUGUGCUCUGCCACUGCUACAACACCCUUGUUUUCCACCGAUCAUCACAUUCCCAAAUCCUUCACUCGCCUCUGCAAACCCUUUCAUUCUAGGGUUCCCACUUCCUUAACCUUCCAUUCCACACCACCUUCCUUCUUCGUCAGAGCUACCACUGUGAAUUGGCGAUGUCCAAAGCAAACUGUACCUCCCAACAGCGAUACCGGUUUCCAACAAAAGGCCCUAUAUCUAGAAUCCAUCGGUAUUGAUCCUUUUUCACUUAUUGAAAAUCAUCCGAUGCUGGUCACUGCCUCACUCAACGAUAUAAAAUCCACCGUGGAAUACAUUACCGCAAUGGAUUUCUCUGCAAUCGAGUUUAGCCGAAUGGUUGGCAUGUGCCCAGAGAUCCUGACCACGAAAGUCUCAGACAUUAUACCAGUCUUCACUUUCCUUCACCGCGAAGUUUGUGUAAGUAGCUCAAAUAUCAAGCAUGUAAUAAAUCGCCGUCCUCGAUUGAUCAUCUGCAACGUUGAUAAACAGCUCCGUCCAACCAUGUACUUCCUCCAAAGCAUCGGAAUACAACAUAUAAACAAGCACACCGACUUGCUAUCAUGUAGUGUUGAAGAUAAGUUCAUACCCCGAAUCGAAUACUUUGAGAACAUCGGAUUCUCUCACCGCGACGUAACUUCGAUGUUCCGAAGAUUUCCUCAACUGUUUUGUUAUAGUAUUAAGAAUAAUUUCGAGCCGAAAUACAAUUACUUUGUGGUGGAGAUGGGGAGAGAUUUGAAGGAGGUGAAAGAAUUUCCACAAUAUUUCUCAUUUAGCUUAGAGAAUAGGAUUGAGCCUAGACAUAAAAGGUGCGUAGAAAUGGGUGUGUGUUUACCUCUUCCUUUGUUGUUAAGGACAAGUGAAGUGAAAUUUCAGAAUAGAUUAGAAGCAUUUGUAAAUUCUACACCACCAUUGAAAACAUCUCCUUUGUGGUGUGCUAGUCGUGAUAUUAAUCAAGUAUAG